AUGUGGUCGAAGCGUACACAUGAAAUCACUCCCUCGACAGCUAGUGAAACUGCAUUGUACUCUCUAAGAUAUGGUACGACUACGACCACCGAAAAAAUCACCGAGACGACGCAGGAGAAGGGAGGAACGACAAGUGAACCAACAUUGAGCACUAACCUUUUCUACAACAUUCAGUAUGAAAUCGUUUUUUGCGUUUCCACGAACACCCUCACCACCGAGGAAUCCGAAGUUUCGACUGAAGGCGAGCAGAGUACCGCAGAUAAUCAAACAACUGGGUUGGUCACCAGUAUCGAAUCAAUAGCCUAUCCACUAAGUAGUACGACAAUCUCGACCAAAGAGUCCACUGUUUCUACAGAAGGUCUCACUAUAAGUACCGCAACAUCAAGACAACUUCCAAUAAGCACUGACGCAAGCUCCAUCGAACAAACCGCUGGGUCGUCGCAAAUUAGUGAAAUUACGACAAGUUCUACCACAACUAGGCUGACUACCAGUGCCACUGAAGCAAGCUCUGCACUGCUUUCGACACAAGGCCAGGAAAUUGCGAUAG